AUGUCGAUUCAUUCCUUUGUGGGGCACUUGACUGAAUCCGAAGGUCAAGCUGUCGUGGACGUCUUUGAUUGCGUGCAAGAUCGAAUCGUGGGCUACGUCAAUCCUCCACUUUGGCAUCAAGGAGUUCGGGAAGGCUUGACGCAAAAUCAAGCUGUGGCUGUGCGUGUCACUCAAGGACACACCUUUACACCGCAUCCCCAAUCCUUGUUGGGCACCAAGAAAUGGGGUCGCAAACUCUGUCCUGCAAUUGGAGAAGCGGUCAUGUUGGAAUUGCGAGUGCAGGCCUGCAAUCAACAAGUGGCGGAUCGGUUAAUCAGUCUCCUAACACCGCUCACCAAGAUUGACAAGACGAGCAUGAAUAUUGUUUCGUCCUAUAUUGUCAAGGGUAAGGGAUGGUGGAGACGAGAUCCUAAUAAUGCCACCAACAUCAAAUUGAAAACUCGAGAUGCCAAGAUUCCCGCUUCUGCCUAUACAACAGAUUAUGGCGACGAUGAUACAACCAUUGAAUUCCGCGUCAUUUAUUCCCAUUGGAACAUUCGACAUUUGUAUCCUCGAGCCUUGGUUCAAGAGUUGGUAGAAUUACUGCAAAACUCCAAACUGUCCGAGUUGGUAGUAACGGCACCCAAUCCCCAGCAAGAAAAUUUGCAAGAGGUAUUGGAAUACUUUCAAGAUAACGGAUUGAUGAUUCAAGAUUUAAGAACCUUAUUGAGUGGCUUUUUGAUUCAUCCAUUCUUUACCAAGGAUUGGACAGGCAAGACGACGGAGAAUGUUGGCAAUAAUGAUGGCGAUGCCAAAGCUGCAGCUCCCAAUGAGAGAAUAGAAGGGGCAGUGUCCACCAACAAGUCAGCAGCCGCAACAGUGCCAAAAGCAAACGGGGGUCAGAGUGGUCUGGCCUCUUUGAUGCAACAGAGAGCCGGCGCUACUACUACUACUACUACUACUACUACUACUACUACUACUACUACUACUACUACUACUACUACUACUACUACUACUACUACUACUACUACUACUACUACUACUACUACUACUACUACUACUACUACUACUACUACUACGGUUAAGCCCAAGAUGAAAGGAGGCCCAACUGGUUUGGCGUUUCUCAUGCAGAAGAAAGCCGAGACUACUACUACUACUGCAACUGCAACUGACGAGAACGAGGACAUUUUCACAAUUCGACACCAUCCCAUCAAGAAUCAACCCAAGGCGGUUGUCUUUUCCAAACGAGCCUCUGAUUCUCCCUCCACACCUCAAUUUUUUGUGGUCCCAUUGAUGGAUUACUUGAAAAGCGCCACUCGACUAGGCCAUCGCGACAAGGAAGUGCCCAUUGGAACAUUGUUUGGGAUCUUGGAACGAAUGCGAGACAUGGCCCGUCACGUCACCUAUAUCAAUUCCUUGGUGGACAUGACCGAAGCCGAACGAGAGGAACAAGGAAAUUUGCCUUUGGUCCAACACAUUUUUCACAAACUGAGUCUCAUGGGACGGCCAUAUAAGGACUUUGGGACCAAGAAAUUGAAAUUGGAUGGACUGGAUGACUUGAUCCAAGCUAUUGAAAAAGAAUAUGCAUUGAUUGUGAGCAAGGCCAGAGAUGCUGUCGAAUCAGGAGCGGCACUGGAAUAUCUUGGAUUACAGGAGUUCUAUACGAUUGGGUCAGUAGUCACUACGCGAUCCGUUCCCGGUUUGGGUGGACUGCCAGUUAGCUUCAAGGUUGUGGAUUGCAUGUACGAACCCAUCCGAUCGCUCAUGGGAAGUUUGCGCUAUAGCUUUCGAGUCACUUUGGAAACCAUUGUCUAUACUGGUCAGCACUUUGUGGCCGUACCAUUUUCCGAAGUGAUUGGGGACUGGAAAAAUGUCAAGGAACAAGUCAAUCUCCCAUUUCAACGAAUUGGCAGCAGUAGCUCAUCAUCGGAUUGGAUACAAGAUCGAAUUGGCAAGAUGAACUCGCUCGUCAUUCCAACCAGCGAAUCUGAUUCUUCCGUUGCAUACAUGGAUUAUCCUUCUGGAUCCUUCUUUCCAUCUCUUGGUGGUGGGAGUCGCAAUCAGAUCAACAAGUCGUCAGGGGCAUCGUCCUCCAGCAUUCACCGCGCGGCCGCUGGCCAGGCUAUUAUUGAUAUACGAACAGGGUUCGAUUUGGGAUAUGCUCCAGCUAGCAGAACGGGGGAGCUUGGCAUUGCCAUGGGAUACAUUAUCAAGUUCUACAUGGAUUUCAUUCGGAAAGCAACCCACGCCAAUGUCAACAUGGAAGAAUUGAACAAUUCCGGCAUGUUCACAGCCUAUGAAACUUUUCCGCAAGGUGUGAAUGCCCAACCAUGGCCUUGUGUGAUUGGGUUUUCGAUGAAUACAAAAUCGUGGGGAUAUGUAGUUGUGGAUGGCUUGCGACCUGUUCUACCUGAUCCCAAACCAUGGAACGAGCUCGUGUUGCCGGACUCGUCUCGAGAAAUGCUCAUGUCCUUGGCCAAACUCAAGAUCCAAGGGAGCAGCAGCAACAACAACAAACCCUCAAGGUACAAGUACGACGAUGUGAUUGCUGGAAAGGGCACUGGAGGUUUGUAUCUCUUAUAUGGCCCUCCAGGCUGCUGGAAAACGCUUACGGUGGAAGCACUAGCUGCCUAUUUUGGCAAGCCGCUCUACUCUAUUUCGUUUGCCGAACUUGGUAGCAGCCCUGCAGAGCUGGAAGAGAAACUGACCGAAACGCUUGGAUUGGCAUCUCGCUGGGGUAGUCUAGUCUUGCUGGAUGAAGGUGAUGCACUGGUCGAAAAGCGAAAGCAAGGACAAUUGCUGCUGAACUCAAUGACUGGCAUUUUGUUGCGACUAUUGGAGACCUUUGAAGGAUCUUUGUUCAUCAAUAGCAAUCGAGUCUCUUCUUUUGAUCCAGCCGCCUUGUCUCGCGUCACUCUGGCCGUCAAGUUUUCUCCACUGGACAAGGACGGCAUGAAACAGAUUUGGCGCAAUACCAUUGCACGCGUUCUCUGCAGUGACAUUCUGAAGCCUAUCACCUAUGAACAAGCCCUUGUCGUGGUCGAUUCGUCCUUUGAUUUGCCAACUUUGGCAUACUUUCCAGGAUCCGGAAGGUCAGUAGGUGCCGUCAUGAAAAUGGCGAUUGCACUUUGCAGCUACCGCUGUUGUGAUCUAUCCAAUGCUCUUCUUGUUGAAUGCAUGAGGAAUUUCUUGUCCUUUCACAAUGACCUAAAGGGCGAAGGAGCGACUGAUGAGUGGGACAAGUAA